AUGCUGGAGGCACAGGCGGUUUGUAUCACGAGUGACGGGUGGACGAGCAUAAAGAACGAGGGCUUUUAUGCUCUCACGGCUCAUUAUAUAGACAAACGUGGAGUUUUACAGGCUGUGCUGCUAGAAUGUUCCUCUUUUCACCAGCGUCACACCGCAGAAAACAUUGCCGGUUGGAUCGAAGUGGUUCUGAUACGUUUUUCGAUCCGAUAUAAAGUCACUGCGAUAGUUACUGAUAACGCUGCCAACAUGAAGGAUACUGCUACAAUUUUGAAAAUCCGGCAUCUGGGGUGCUUUGCACAUACGCUGAAUUUAAUUGUGCAGGAUGCAAUCCGUUCUACUGUAAAAAAUGUGGUGGAUAAAGCAAAAGCAACAGUCAGCUUUUUCAAAACCAGCAGUAGUUCCUUAGCAAAGCUUCAUGACAUGCAGACAAAAAUGGGAAUGAAACAACUGAAGUUGGUCCAGGAAGUUCCAACAAGGUGGAACUCCACCUACGACAUGCUGGAAAGGCUUUUAAAGACCAAAGACGCACUAAUCUCCGCUAUAGCACUUUUGGGCUCUAGUGAGAUAGUGAUUGAUGCUGCAGACUGGGUCACGAUGGAACAUGCUGUAAAGGUACUAAAACCAUUCUACGACGUGACGACCGAAAUAUCCGCCGAAGAUAAUAUCACGUUGUCGAAAACCGCUGUCCUUUCGCGACUGAUGUUGCGAUCGUUCAACGUGACAUCUGGGACGGAUACAUGUGCUGGAGGAGCUAAAGCAGUGGAAGUAACUGCCAGUGACUCGAUUUGGCAGGAGUUUGAUAAAACCGUCGAAAAGUUCCAAGCUAACAAAGAUCCGAAUGUUGCAGCAAUCAUCGAGUUAGACAAAUUUCUAGCCGAGCCGCUCCUGACAAGAACCGGAGAUCCCCUAGUAUGA